GCUGAACAGAAAAAACUCCCAUCGACUAGCAGGUAUAGAGGGUACCUCGUGAAAUUCCUGUUGGUUCAAAGAGGCGGGACUGCUCGUCACGUGUCAGUCAACUACCCCGUUAGACUGCUCUCAAGGCUGCUCCCAAAGCCCGGCAGGUGCUGAACUGUCAAGUAGGUGCAUAAGGACCCUACCCCACAAUUGCAACCAUGACGCCUGAUUUCCAGCUGUUCACCGCCCUGCGAUAUGAUCCCCUCCUCGUGCCCCUUACGGUCAACACCGAAGCCUGGGACGGGGAAUGCAAAUCUGGAUGCCCGUUCUACAUGCUCCCGUACCAUCGCGAUCGCAUGCUCCAAGCCGCUGAGCACUUUGGCUGGACCGAGGCUGCCUCUCUGAUUCGAGGCCCGAAGGGACUUGCUCAUCUCCUGGAAAAGCUGUGCGAAGCCAUUGACACCAACUCCCCUAAACCCCUUCGGACUAGAGUUGUGUUGUAUCAUGAUGGCCAGAUCACUGUUGAGACUACGCCGAUUCACAUCUUGGUGUCUCAAUAUACAUUGUUCCCGGAACGUCUGCCACCGCCGAAAUCAGCGAGUACGUUGAAGGUGAGUCCGUUGACUGGCGGCGCGUUGACGGUGGAUGAUAAUGAAACCAUCCAGGGGGAUCCAGAGAAGAGGGAGCCGUGGGUUGUGACACCAGAUAUGGCUAGGAUUACACCUUCAUCUGAAACAACGUAUAAGACUACGAGCAGAUAUAUGUAUACAGAAGCCAGGGCUCGAGUGGGCAUCAAGAGCUUCGAUGAAAAGAAGGAAGUGUUGAUCUUGAGUGAAAAGGAUGGGGAGAUUAUGGAGGGGAGUUUGACGACCGUGUACUUCUGGAGAAAUGGUCGGUGGACCACUCCACUGGUGUCUAGUGGUGGUCAGAUGGGGACGACAAGGAGAUGGGCCCUUGAAAAAGGACUUUGCGUCGAAGGCAUCAUCAAGGCUGAUUCCUUGGUUGAUGGAGAGGAAUGUUGGAUCAGUAAUGGCGUCAGAGGGUUUAACUGGGGGAAGAUCACGCUCUCUUGAAGGCCGGGGG